GCCCCGCGGUGGCCAGCGGGGCCAUGGAGGCGGACGCGGACCCCGAGGAGCUGGCGCGGCUGCGCUCAGUCUUCACCACCUACGACACGAACCGCUCGGGGCGUCUGGGGCGAGCGGAGUUCGGCGCUCUGUGCGCGGAGCUGCACGUGGCCGAGGCCGAAGCCGAGGCAGUGUUCCUGGGGCUCGACACCGACCGCGAUGGCGCCAUCACCUUCCCGGAGUUCGCUCGUGGCUUCCGCGGAGAGCUCGGUCCGGACAGUGCGGAGGCUCAGGACUCCUGGGACGCGGCAGAGCCGGAGAGCCCCGGUCCCGCGUGGCAGGACUUCCACGGGCGCCUCGGGGACGAGGCCCAGCUCAUUCCCAGGAAAGAACAAGUUAGUACCUUGUACCAGAACAUCAACCUUGUGGAGCCAAGACUAAUCCAGCCGUAUGAACGUGUUAUAAGGAACUUUCUCCGUGAGAUCAAACUCCAGAGCACAGAAAUGGAAAACUUGGCCAUUGCAGUGAAAAGAGCCCAGGACAAGGCGGCCAUUCAACUAAGUGAAUUGGAAGAGGAAAUGGAUCAGAGGAUUCAAGCUGUGGAAAAUGAGACCCGGAAAGAUGAAAAACGCAAAGCUGAGGAAGCUCUCACUGACCUCAGACGUCAGUAUGAAACAGAAGUAGGAGACUUACAGGUGACCAUUAAAAGGUUAAAAAAGCUUGAAGAGCAGUCAAGACAAAUAAGUCAAAAGCAAGAUGUGACUGCUUUAAAGAAACAAAUUUAUGAUUUAACAAUGGAAAAUCAAAAACUCAAGAAAGAACUUUUGGAAGCACAGACAAAUGUAGCUUUUCUACAGAGUGAACUAGAUGCUUUGAAAAGUGAUUAUGCUGACCAGAGUCUGAAUUCUGAACGGGAUCUGGAAAUAAUCCGAGAGUACACAGAAGAUCGAAGUAGUCUUGAGAGGCAAAUUGAAAUCCUCCAGUCAGCUAACCGGAAGCUGCAUGACAGUAACGACGGCCUGAGGAGUGCACUGGAAACUACUUACAGCAAGCUCAACAGGUCCUUGCGUAUAAAUAACAUAUCGCCAGGGAACACAAUUCCUAGAAGCAGUCCCAAAUUUAAUCAGCAUUCUUCUCAACCACUUGCCUAUGAUAGGUCAUUCCAUUCUUCAUAUGCAGAUGAGGAUUGUGACUCUUUGGCUCUCUGUGACCCUCUGCAGAAGAUGAAUUAUGAAGUUGACAGCCUGCCCGAAAGCUGUUUUGACAGUGGCCUGUCUACUUUGAGAGAUUCUAAUGAGUGUGACUCCGAGGUGGACUACAAGCACCAGGGAGGAUUUCAGAGUUUGCACAGAACAGAGGAGAGCCUUGGGGGAGAUGCAUCAGACACAGAUGUUCCUGAUAUAAGGGAUGAAGAAGCAUUUGAUUCCGAAAGUGUGGCUUCUGUCUUACACUGGCAGCCCCAGGGGUCUGCUGGUGAGGGCAGCAAUGUUAUUUCUUCCAGAAAGCCCAUCUCAGCUCUUUCACCUCAAAUAGACAUGGUGGAUGACACCUCCAAGCCCACCUCUCAGAAGGCUUACAAGAUUGUGCUAGCUGGCGAUGCUGCAGUGGGAAAGUCCAGCUUCCUCAUGCGACUCUGCAAGAACGAGUUUCAGGGGAACACAAGUGCAACCCUAGGAGUUGAUUUCCAAAUGAAAACUCUGAUUGUAGAUGGUGAACAAACAGUUCUUCAGCUUUGGGAUACAGCUGGGCAAGAAAGAUUUAGAAGUAUCGCCAAGUCUUACUUCCGGAAAGCAGAUGGUGUCUUACUGCUGUACGAUGUGACUUGUGAAAAAAGCUUUCUUAACGUACGAGAAUGGGUGGAUAUGGUUGAGGAUGGAACCCACAAAACUAUUCCAGUCAUGUUAGUAGGAAACAAGGCUGAUCUUCGUGAUGUUGCUACUGCAGAGAAACAAAAGUGUAUUUCAGCAUAUCUUGGAGAAAAACUGGCCAUGACCUAUGGGGCAUUAUUCUGUGAAACAAGUGCCAAAGAUGGCUCCAACGUGGUGGAAGCUGUUCUCCAUCUUGCUAGGGAAGUGAAGAAAAGGACAGAGGAUGACGACAGCAGAUCCAUCACCAGUCUGGCUGGUUCUACUUCCAGAAAGUCACUGCAGAUGAAGAACUGUUGCAAUGGCUAAAGCCCAGCUGUCCUUAGUUCACAAAGUCCUUGCUUCCAGAUUACUGAUUGUGAGACAGUGGCUCUCAAAGACACUGUGCAUCGUAUGACACUGGCCUCCUAAGAAUCACAGCCUGCCAAAUUGUGCUGCUCCUCCCUGUUCUCAGCAACCUCAGGCUUGCUUUGCUUUAUCUCAGAGAGACAUUUGGGCUUUUUGGCCCUAUAGAUAACUAAGAGAAAAAUGUGUUAGUGUUUUUAAUAUGAUAUAGUGAAAUAAAAUAACAUUCUCAGA